AUGGAUCAGAGUCUAUUUAGAUUCUCAUUAAACGAUGAAUCAUUGAAUGAUAUCUCUGGAUCGUUAAUGAAUGGUGGUCCACAAUCGAGUUUCCAGCCAAUCAAUAAUAGCUACCUAGGUUCAGCACCAACAGGAUCAAUGCAACAGCAACAACAACAGUUUGAUUUAAAUGGUUCAUUCCAUUUAGGUCCCUCCUCACUACUAGGUCCGAGCAGCAGUCUAAACCUUCACACUCACAAUCAUCAUAUAAAUUUAAAUAACAAUAGUUUAAAUAGUUCGUAUCUGUUGAAUGACCAACAGAUGUCAUCUUCACCAUUAUCAAAGAAUAUUGAUUUCUCAUUAUCUUCAACACUAACAUCAUCGACAUCAGCAUCAUCCUCAUUCGAUCAAACUCCUCCAUCUCAUUCCCACUUUAGCAACAACAACAACAACAACAACAUUGGAGGUUUAAACAACAACAACAACAAUAAUGCUAUUAGCAAUAGUAACAACACUAGUAAUUCAAAUCUAUUUAAAUUAAUGAAAAUACAACAACAACAUCAUCAACAGCAACAACAGCAACAACAACAGCAUCAUCAUCAACAACAUUUUACCAAUAGCUUAGAUAGUCAAUCAUUAUUUGAUGAUAAAGUUAUUAGAUCAGGAUCGCCAUUUAAUCAAUUCGAACGACAGUCUUGGGUCUCCGAUACCAGUACUCUCAGCGACUCACUGAGAUCGAUCAGCCCAAGCGUUGAGCAACUGACAACCUUUAGCAUGUUUGGCAGUGCCCCAGAAACACACCGAGUCAAUCCACCUUUUUCAUUUAAUCACAACAACAACAGCAGUAAACCCAACAAUCCACAACAAUCGUCAUUCCAUCAACAACAGCAACAGCAACAACAGCAACAACAACAGUUCCAAACUUCACCCUCAACAUCAGCAUUCGACAGUAAGGCUAUGAGUGAAAGAGAAAAACAAAUCUAUCAAUUGAAACUAAACCAGAUCAGUGGAAGCACUAGCAGCAGCAAUAGCAUUGGUAAUAACAGUCCUGCCAGCGUGAGAGGAGCAUCCGCCAAUGCAUUUGGUAUCAACUUGAAUACAUCUGCCGGCACUUCACCUUCGUCAUACCCUUACAACCAACAGAACAAUCCAAUUUUCAACUCUUUCGAUUCACCAUUAUCUCCAAGAGGCGAUAUGAUCAGCUUGAACUAUUCACACUCUGCUCCACGCACUCUUCCACAUUCCAGUUCGAUCGGUGGAAGUUUGAACAACUCGACAAUGGUAUCAUCCACAAGCUUGGGCAGUAACACAGGUUUCACAUCUUUUUCAUUCCCAUCGAGUAACUCUAUUCUCAACAACAACAACAACAACAACAACAACAACAACAACAACAACAACAACCAAUCGUCUUCACCACCCAUUACACACUCUCUCAACCCGAAUACUAACAGCAACAGCAACACUUCAGUAUCACCCAAUGCCUCUUACAACAGUAAUAACAACAACAGUAACAACCAGAAACAAUAUGCUCAAAAGAUACGCCAAGUUGAUAGCUAUGUCCUCAAAGAGACACCAACUCGUACUCUCUUUGUCGCCAACAUCAAUCCGCAGCUCGACGACAGUGUCCUCACAUCUUUGUUCUCAAAGUACGGUGCUGUCAAGUCGCUCAGCGGAAAGUCAAAGCAUCGUGGAUAUAUCAUCGUUGAGUACUACGAUAUCAGACACUCUAUCAAUGCCAUGCGUAACUUGAACGGUUCCGAAGUACACAAAAAGAAACUCGACAUUUCCUAUUCCAUUCAGAAAGAUUUCUACUGUGAUCUAGGAACCCUGGUUGUCUUUAACUUGGAGCCAAGCGUCACCAAUCAAGUGCUCCACAAAAUCUUUGGUGCCUACGGACAGAUCAAAGAGAUUCGUGAAACUCCCAACAAAUCCUAUCACAAGUUCAUUGAGUACUACGAUAUCCGUGAGGCCAAUGAAGCCAUCAAGAAUCUCAACAAGAUCGAAGUUGCCGGUAAGCGUCUGAGAAUUCAACACUCCAGACCGGGUGGUAACAAAAAACAAACGAAUCCAUCACCCUCCGAUCCCUACAGUGACAGUGUCGAGCUUGACUCACUUUUCGAUCCAUCACAGAAACCAAUCACUACCAUCACCGUCAAUGGAAGUGGAUCAGCUCCUUCUGCACUAAUGACAACACACAAUAUCAGCAACUUGAACAACAUCAACAACAUCGGCAACAACAACAUAUUAAAUAGCAACAGUAUUUCCAGCAACAAUCUAAAUAAUAAUUUAAUCAACAACAAUAACAACAACAACAAUUCAACAAGUAGUAAUAGUCUCAAUAAUAGCAAUAUAACACCACCAAAAGUUCAAACACCAACAUUGUCUGGUGUCAAUCUUUCUUUACCAGCUGGCUGGAAAUCCAAGAUAAGCCAAUUUCACUCAAUGAAUAACACCGAUGGAAUUACAACGAGCCUGAGUGAUUUACAGUUGACUAGUACCAUUUCACCACCGUCCUCUCCACGUGUUGCUAGUCUCCAACAGCAACAUAAGCUCAUUAAAUCACCACGUAAUCUCAUUGGUGAGAAGAGUCCACGCAAAGAGCUAUCACCCGAGCAAUUCACUCUCUCAAUUGAAAAGGUCAAGCUUGGACUGGACACUAGAACUUCCCUCAUGAUAAAGAAUUUACCGAAUCGAUUGUCUCAAACCGUUCUACUGGGAGUGAUCGAUGAACACUUCCAAGGAACCUACGAUUUCUUAUAUGUCCCAAUGGACCAACACAGCAAAGUCAGCUAUGGAUAUGCAUUUAUCAAUUUCACACGCUAUGACACUAUAGUACCGUUUUACUCGGAAUUCAACAACAGAAGAUGGGAGAAGUUUUAUUGCUCAAAGGUUUGCGAGAUCACCUAUGCCAGAAUUCAAGGAAAAGCCAAUCUCUUGCAGCAUCUGAAAACAUCCAACAAAAAUAAUCCAGAGAUUUUCGAAAAGAAAAUUCAGCCAAUCAUUUUUGUUUCUGAUGCAGAGACUGUUAAAUAUACGUUCUCACCACAUUUGGAAAAUAGAAUCAUUCCAUUUUUAUUGGAUAUAUAA